UUCAACAAAUAUUCAAAAUCUCUCAAAUUCUAUUUAGAAAUUUCUUCAAACCAUGCAGAUCUUCGUGAAAACCCUCACCGGAAAAACCAUCACACUCGAGGUCGAGAGCUCCGAUACAAUCGACAACGUGAAGGCCAAGAUCCAAGACAAGGAAGGCAUCCCACCGGAUCAACAGAGACUAAUCUUCGCCGGGAAACAACUCGAGGACGGCCGGACUCUCGCCGAUUACAAUAUCCAAAAGGAAUCAACGCUCCAUCUCGUUCUCCGAUUGAGAGGAGGAAUGCAAAUCUUCGUCAAGACUCUGACGGGGAAAACUAUUACUCUUGAAGUUGAAAGCUCCGAUACGAUUGAUAAUGUGAAGGCCAAGAUUCAAGAUAAGGAAGGGAUCCCGCCGGAUCAGCAGCGGUUGAUCUUCGCCGGGAAGCAGCUGGAGGAUGGGAGGACGCUUGCUGAUUAUAAUAUUCAGAAGGAGUCGACUCUUCACCUUGUGCUCCGUCUCCGUGGCGGCGGUGGAAAUUGCUGAGAUCUUUAUGUUUCUGAUAGACUGAUUUAGGCUUGUUAUUACUUAAACGUGUUUGCUGUUAUUAAUAAAAUUUAUUAUUUUGCUCAA